AUUUGAUUUGCGCAGAUCCCAAUGCGACCGACCGACGCGUCUCAUCACUUCAAACCGAGUCUACGCAAUCUGAAAUUGGAUCUAGCUUUACUCCUGACGCGCAUCACUACUCUUUAGCUAACAGGACUUGCUGAUAGCGCCUAUGUCUGACUCUGAACUUUCCGAGGCUUCAGCCACCUCAAUGCCGCCAGACCAUGAACUUGAGAAGAGUCUGCGCGCCGAAGUCGUGGAUGCUCAAAAGAACGAUAUUGAAUACACUGUCAAUUCUAUACGUACAGCCUCAGAGGACAAACUCGGCCUCGACAACGGUUUCUAUAAAAACAGCGCUGCAUGGGUACAGCGUAGCAAGGACAUCAUCAAGGACCAAUCGGCCAUUUUUCCGGCCUCUCAGAGUUCUCCUGUCAAGCAGACACCAGCCAAGCCUGCAAAGUCUACCCAGCGUUCGAAAAAGCGUGCCUCCCCUUCAAAAGAGCCCGCACCCAGGAAGAAGCAAAAGACCACAAAACCACAAGUCGAGUCUGAAGAUUCUUCCUCACCUCUGAGCGACGUCGACUCCGAAGACGCCGAAAAGAGCUCGAAUGCCAAGCCCAGCAAACUUCCUCCGAAGGCGCAAGCAGCCAAGCCCAAGGCGUCCACACGGAAGAAGGUCAAAGAUCCAGAGUCGGACGCUGGGGAGGACGAAGGAGUCGACGAGACGAACGGGACCGCUGCCGAAGAGUCUCAAAAAGCAGACGUUGAGUCGGAGAGUGAAUUGUCGGAACUUCUGGACGAGGAUCCCCAGCCGAAAAAGAAGGGAAAGCAGAAGGACCCGUCUGGUCCAAUACAGAAGAAGACCAAGUCGAGCAAACCCAGAGCCGAUGUAGACGUUGAUCCGGACCAAGCUGAGAUCAAACGGCUCCAAGGCUGGCUGGUGAAAUGUGGCAUUCGGAAAGUUUGGGGUAAAGAGCUAAAGCCGUACGAGACAGCCAGAGCCAAGAUCAAACAUCUAAAGGACAUGCUAGGCGACGCUGGAAUGACGGGUCGGUAUUCAGUCGAGAAAGCCAACCAGAUCAAAGAGGCUCGAGAAUUGGCGGCCGACAUUGAAGCCGUCCAGGAAGGUGCCGAACGGUGGGGUGCCGAUGAGGAGGAGGGUGGUGAUGGCAAACCAACGGACGGGCGACCAGCAAAACGAUUGGUCCGAGGAGCUAAGAACUAUGAUUUCCUCAGCAGUGAUGGGGAGGAGACCGAUUGAUGAAGGCUGUUGUCCUUUGUUGGAGCACUUUGAUAGAAAGAGGUGGCAUUCUUUCGUUGUAUCUCGUAAAACGGCAAAAGCCAACGCAGCGAAGGUCAUUUGAUAGCUUUACUGCUACUCAUGCGCUGGGCGACUAGGCUGAAGACAGCCACGGACGAAAUGAAAAGUACCAAGUUGUAAAACUAGACAGCAAUCAGUAUUCUCAGCACAUUGUAGAUGAACAUAUCUCCGUACUGCAUUGCGGGAGUAUUCAUUCUCUUCGGCUUCUGUACGAGCUUCGACAAACAGCCGCCGCAAAUUAGGCAAUGCCAUAGCAACUAAUUGAUCGUCAAGACUGAACAAAGCUCUGCGAUGUAAGAAAUCUGCCGAGUGGGAUGGUAAGAGAGGUUGAGAAGUAUAGAAAGAGAUUCUUGGUCUUGAAUUGUCAAGUUAUCA